AUGGAGGAAGACAUAAUUGUCGAGAAUAUUGACCAUACUAACAUUUUAAUUCAACAAAAUGUUGAGAAUUCCGAGAAUUGUUUAUUAGAAAAUAUGAUUCAGCAAAACGAUAUGGACAAUUUAAAUGAAGUGGAAGAGGCUAGGUCACGGCCAAAUAAAAGAGCUCGGGAAGUUGAUGAAGAGGAGAUGUGGGUUACAGUAGGUAGAAAUGGAAAGAGGUUAGCCCAAAAAGUUGAUCUGUAUAUAAAUAGUACCGAAAAGCUGCCUAAACAGUUUACAUUUGCUAAAUUGCUAGAAGAGAACAACAUCAGUAGUGUGAGCCGCAUUAAGUAUAUUAACCCCUAUAAAAUAUUUAUUCAGUUUGAAAAGUCUGAAAGUGCGGAAGAAUUAAUCAAUUGUAAGUCUCUGCAGGAGCUUGGCUGGAGGUUUCAAAAGCCGCUCGAGGUUGUAGUAUCUUAUGGUGUAAUUAAGAAUGUGGAAGCAGAUUUGAGCGAGAAAGAUAUAUUAGACAUUAUCUCGAGCAGCAGUGAUAUUAUUUCAGUCAAACGAUUGAAACGAAGAAAUAAUACUGGUAAUGGAUGGGAAGAGAGUGAAUCGGUCCGCUUGGGAUUUAAGGGUUCAUCAUUACCAGCAUAUGUAUACAUCUAUGGGAUGAAAAUAAAUGUGGAUCCAUACGUAUUUCCAGUUACUCAAUGUUCUAAGUGCUGGCGAUUUGGGCAUGUUCUACGUGCCUGUCCUAAUAAGAAAACAGUGUGUCCCAAGUGCGGUAAGAACCAUGGGAACUGUGAAACUACUGCAUUUAGGUGUGUCAACUGUACGAGGAACCAUAUAUCUAUGGACAGAUCGUGCGGGGUGUUCUUGAAGGAGAAACGACUUAGGGCUAUAAUGGCCGAGUUCAACUGUUCUUACAGAAAGGCGUUGCAAGUAUAUGUUCCUCCUGAACCUGCUCCACUAAGUGAUGAACAAUUGAUGCCCCCAAUAUCGGCAUUACCCAAUCAGAUAGCUGCGUCCAUAUCUGAGGCCACACAAUCUCAGGAUACUAACUCGACUACUUACGCAAGCGUGGCACGCACUCCCAAACGAUCCAGUGUCAAUCAGCAUCAACGGAACGUACCUCAACCCGUGGAACAGACUCGUAAAAAAGAGAAGAGUAAGAGAAAGAAACUAAGUCAGGAUGAAGUAUUUAAUUGGGAUGUUUCUUCAGACUCAGAAGCAAUAAAUAAUGAUGAAGACGGUGAAUCGGAAAACGAAGAGCAAUCCAGAAAUGAAAAAAAAGAGAGAAGAGAGAGAAUUAGAUCUACGUUAAAUUAUAGACAAUUACUGACAAAAUUAUAUGCGUUAGUAACUAACUCGGAAGUAGAUUUGAAAAACAAAAUUAUCCAAGGAGUGACAAUAUGUAUUGAGUGGUUGACAUCUGUAGUAGGACAGUAUAUACGUAGUUUGCCUUUUAAAAAUAUGUUUAGCUCAUUAUGGGUAUAA